AUGUACAAUAUAGUAAUCUCGUGGGUCUAUGGCGGGUACAUCGACGGGAACAUCCUCAAAGGAACCGCUAAGCUGUUUCCACCCGAAGAAGAUGUCGAGAAUUCCAUUCUUGCCCAAUUUGCCGAUUACCUUUCCCCAGAGGUUCGUGCAAUCACGGUAGACGACGACGGGCUUCUCACGGGAAUUUCGGCAGACCCGGAAGAAGAUGAUACAUUCUUUAUUGGGUAUCUUCCCUUAUCACUCUGUCAAUCACUUUGUCCAUCGCUCGCAGAUUUCCCUACCAUCUAUUUCUCUCAGCUUCGAGAGCUCGAUCGGCUUGGACCAGGUGUCGAUCUGAUGUCGUAUAAUGAUCAGAAAAUGGUCGCAUUCAAAUUCAACCCUAUAAGCGUACCUAGAAGAUUACAAAUGUCCUGGAAGGAGAUGAACCUACUUAUCAAACUGCCGCCACAUCCUAAUAUACUACCGUUUUACCGUAUUGUUCUCGAGGAUGUGGAGUCUCGAAUAAUUGGAUUCACAACUAAAUAUAUCCCCGGUGGAACGCUAGCCGAUCUAAAAAGGCCUUUUCGAUUUGAAUGGCUCCAGCAACUUACCCAGGUAGUGGACUACCUGAACCUAGAGUUGGGGAUCAUUCAUCAAGAUAUUGCACCACGAAAUUUGCUUGUCGACCCCGAGACAGAGAAGAUCAUUCUCUUCGAUUUCGAUUGGGCCGCCGAUGGGAAGGGAGGUCUAUUGAAGGGUCGAGACGAUGUGUCUGGUGUUGUCUUUACGCUCUACGAGAUUAUCACCAACGAUUCACAUCCCACGAGCAUUCCUCACUGGGAACGGACUAUAGACAUGGUACAAGAUAUUGAGUGGACUUGUCGCCGCGAACUGGACUCCGAUGUCUCAAAGUUUCGCAAGUUUCUGAAUGAAUGGGUAGCGAAGAGAACCGACAGAGCCGCAGAACAAUACAAUGCUCCCAAGCUACUUACAUGGCCGGAUCUCCCAACCCCGCCAGACUACAGUGUGCCCUUUGAGUUGGGUCGAACAGAGAAAGGGGAGACUGCUUGGCGAACAGGUGAGCGCUCGAGACGCGUUGCACUGGAGAAGGGGCAAUACUGUUUUCGGUGGCAAAGGCCACCACAAAGCAGGCUGUUGAAGAAAGCCAAAGAUAACAGCAUGGAAGAUUGCUCGGUUAGCUCGAAUUUAGAAUAA